AUGUCGGUUCCCACCCAACCAGACGAUGACACCCAGAUUAGCUCAUACCGCGUGCCUAAAAUCCCACCGUUUUGGCGCGAUGACCCGGAAACUUGGUUCCUACAAGUUGAAGCGACAUUCCGAGUCGCAAAUUGUAAAACAGACCGCACCAAAGUCGAUUUUCUUAUUAGCGCUCUAGAGAGCGAGGUUGUUAAGCAUGUCAGAGACCUCGUUACAGCAGACCCCCCUCCCGAAGACUUUUAUCAAACGCUAAAAAAGCGAAUUUUGUCAACUUUUUCAACCUCAUCAGAAGCGCGGUUACGUCAAUUAUUGAAAGGUCAACCCCUAGGCGAUCAAAAACUUUCACAUCUUUUAAGUCACAUGCAUCAAUUGAAUAACGGUCAGUGCACUACAGCUAUUUUAAAAUCCCUUUUCCUAGAACAGUUGCCAGAAUCUCAACGAGCAAUUCUAGUAGCAAUAAAUGAACCCGGCCUACAGAAAAUGGCUGAAAUCGCGGAUAAAAUCGCGGACAUAAGCAGCCCCGACUUAGCGAUAGCCCCCAUACGGGCGCAUCCAAAUAUAGCUAAAUCACGUUCACAUGAAAACACAAAUGAUUUAUCUGACAUAAAAAAACAAAUUUCAGAACUCUCUAAACCCAUGGAUGCACUCGAAAACAAGGUUACCAAACCUAAACGAGAUCGGCCUACACCGUGUUCACGCGACAAUUCAAAACAACGCGACGAGCAAAAAACCGGCUUAUGUUUUGCACACCAGAAAUACGGUAAAGAUGCGACUGCAUGCCGAAAAGCGUGCAAGCAUUGGCCCAAUUCAGAAUCAGCGGAAAACUAA